UUCGUGCUGAGAUCUGGUAAAGGGUGAAGGACGCCAAACGUUAUAUAACUACACAUUUGUUAUAAAAGACAUCAUCUAUAUUUGUACUAUCAAAAGCUCAUUUGUAAUCCAACGUUUAAAUUAGGUUGUUGAUAUUUUGGUUCGCUAAAAAUCGCCAACAAUUGGUCCGGCGAGAAUCACAAUUUUACAGGAGUAAAGUUAAAUUGACGAUUUUUAAAAAGGAUUCAAAGGUACCUCCUGUCUCAGCUAGCAUCCAACCAUGGGCCACAACCCCACCCUACUCACCCUGACGGUCAUGGUGCCGCUGGCCUUCAUCGUGGUGGCCGUUUUUAAUGGGCUCGCCGGGGGAGGAAUCGACACAGGUUUGUACCAGUCGAAUACGGGUGAUAUAUCGGACAAAUAUUACCUGGAGAUCACGCCGGCGGGAUGGACGUUCUCCAUCUGGGGAUUCAUCUACACAUGGCAAGCGCUCUGGAUUAUCUACGCCGUCGUCGCACUCUUCAGGAAGUCCGAUCAGGGCCCACACUACACUAACCCCAUCCUUCUUCCGGUUCCGUUUCUCUUGAGCUACCUCCUGAACAUGGCACUCAACUGCACAUGGAUGGUGGUGUUUGACCGCGAGUAUAUUGCUGCCGCGGCCGCCGUCCUAUUCCUGAUGACGGUGACGUUAUACAUAUGUAUGUUUUUCUCCUACCGCAACCUUGACAAGGGAAUAGAUACGCUGAUCAAACAGGAGCGCAAAUCCGACGUCUGGCUCACACGAUUCCUCGUGCAGAAUGGACUGGGCAUAUACGCCACGUGGUGCACGAUAGCGACGCUUCUGAACUUUGCUAUGCUGCUUACAUACGAGUCCACCGUUGACAUUGAUCAGAGAGACGCUUGCACAGUAAGUUUGAGCAUACUGGCGGCCGUGGUCCUCGCGUUUCUCGUUGCAGACUGGUUCUUCACUGAUAGAUGGACUCGCUACACCUUCACGCCAUAUCUCGUCCUCGUGGUGGCGUUCACCGGAAGUAUCGUCAAGAACUACGACGAAGGAGCACGCAACACAAUAUUCACCAUCGUACUAUUGGCCAUCGCAGCUGUGGCCCUUUUGGUAAAACUUGUUCUGCUGUUUGCUCGCCAUUGUAGGAAGACGUCAGACGGCGUUCGUAUCACAGAAACCAGUGGCGUCAAGGUGUAGUGACAUUGAACUAAGCAAUUACUCCCUCAAGUAACGAUACUACUGAAGACGUGUUUUGUAUUGUGAAUAGUUCUGUUACCUUUAUACUGCAGUUUAUAAAUAUUUUUUGAGAAUAACUUUUUAAGAUAUAUUUUUCUCUCGUUGUGAUCCUUUUCUUUAGAUUGUACAUGUGUUUCUGUUUGUCUUUAUGUUAUGAAUGUUUACGCUGAUGAAUAAAAUAUGUUGGAAUUAAAGCAAAUACUCCCUCAUAUAACGCUAAUACUGAAUACGCGUCAUUGAAUUGUAAAUAGGUCUGUUUAUUUGUACCGAAUUUAUACAUUGUUUAAAUUGUUUACGAGUUGUAUAUAUAUUUACAUGUGAUUUUGUCUUUUUUGUUGAAAAGUUUUUCAUUUUGUAUUUUUGCAUAAUAAAGUUAUGAAGGUGA